UGUCAGCUGUGACCAGCCAUGGCUGCAGGAGGAAGCGACACAAUGGAGAGAAGGUGAGUUAUAAAGUGUUUCUCUGUUGUAACACAUGGCAGCAGUGGAGGAUGGAGGUCGGGCUCCGGGCUGCCUGUGUGUCCUGUGCGGGCUGCCCGCCGCGGGGAAGUCCUCCCUGGGCCUCACGCUCCUCAGCACCGCUGCUCAGCUCGGAUGGAGAGCCACCGUGCUGCCCUAUGAUGACCUGAUCCCCGGGAAGGCCUUUCACCCCAGGGUGGAAGAGGAGGAGGAGGACGGAGCGAUGCACACUGAAUGGAAGUCACACAGACAGGCAGUGCUGCAGUGCAUCGAGCUCUUCUUGAAGACGCCUGACGUGUCGGCAGAGCUGCCGAGCGGCCGACAGAUCAAAGCUGCUGCCUGGGAACGAUGCGUCCGUGUGCUGCUGCGGCCUGAAGGACCUGUGGUCCCCUCUCAGGCCGACCGGGCACCACUUCUCUUUCUGCUGGAUGAUAACUUCUACUAUCAGAGCAUGAGAUACGAAGUGUUCCAGCUUGCAAGAAAGUAUUCACUGGGGUUCUGCCAGGUUUAUCUUCACUGUGAUGUGGAGUCCUGCAUCAGCAGAAACCAGCGCCGGCCUGAGCCCGUUCCCACCGAGGUGAUUCUGGAGAUGGGAAAGCGUCUGGAGCCCCCGAAUCCACAGAAGAACUCGUGGGAGACGCAAAGCAUUUCACUCCACACCACAGAUAAUUUGUCUAAACUUGACAUCCAGAGGGUGACAGAGUUGAUCUCCUCUGCACUGAGAAACCCGCUGAGCCCGUUGGAGGACAACACUGAACAAAAGGAAGCCGAUCGUCUGAAAUGUGCCACAAGUGUGGUUCACCAAGCUGACCAGGCCUGUCGACGCCUCAUCUCCGAAGCCAUGAGGACUGCCAGAGAAAAUCGAGUGUCCUCUGAACAAAUGAGAUCUUUGGCCUCCCAGCUGAAUGAAUCCAAGGCGACAUUUCUUCGCAGGUUGCGAGAGCAGCUGCUGCAGGACCCGUCUUUCUCUCAGGAGGAGGAUGUGGAGCGCGUGGUGAAAAGUGCAGUGGAUGUUUUCGACCGUGAGAAAAAGGAAAUCUUGUUAAAAAUAAUGUAUGAUCACAGAUGACCUUUUCACAAAACUAGAUUUGAUUGUGUCAAGUCACAAGUGGAUGUGUGGAUAUGUAAUAGAAUAUAUAUUUAAAUAAAAUGUACUUUUACUUGUCA